AAAAAGCCGGGGUCACCGGGCCAGGGGAAUAACAAUCUUGUGAAUCUCCAGUCGGUUUCAUUGGAUUUUACUCUCUCCAACAGCCAUGUAACUCCUCACCCGACCGGCUCCGGAUGCAACACUGGUGGCGGGACGAAUUUAGACACAGCAACAGCGGCUGAUUUGAUCAAGGCCAGAGCCAACGACUUGUCAUGCCGGAUUAGUUCGGACCCAGGCAUCUCAUCGGAGAUGAAAGGAAACAGAAGGAAAUUCGAUGAUAUGGCCAAUGCAACUCCUUCAACUUCAUCUCACCAAUCAGAAAGGGGGAGAACCAAUCUAACACACAAGCAUCCUGAAAACCAUGUAGCACCAUCAAUGGAACUUAAGCAGAACAGUGGUGAUGAUUUUUCUGGACCCCAUCUUGAUCUAGAUUUAUCUUUAUAUUGCUCAACAAGACCCCCAAAGAAGCAGAAGUCAGGUGCUUUUAAUGGGUUUUCAGCUCUAGACUUUUCUGGAUGGAAUAUUCCCAGUAGUAUGGAUAAGGAACAGCCCAUGGGGGACACAGGAAUCAUCCAAAAAGAUUCAAUCUCCUCCUUUGGAUUAUUUUUUGAUAAUACAAAGAGAAUUCAACUUGAAAACAAUCAUCAUAAGGAAUACUUGAUCAAUCCAAUCCAUGCAAAACAAAGCAGUUUUUCUUCUCAUGGCUUCAUGGGCAAAGAAUUUACUAGUUUGAUGCAUUCCAGUGGGAUAAAUAAAGAUAAUGAAAAUUGGAACACAGCUACACAUAUUCCCUGGGGAUCUAAGUUUCAAAACAUUCAAAAAAGCAAGUUUGAGAAAUGGAUUGAAUUCACCCCCCAAAUUAUCUAUUAG